AUUCUGUUUUACUAUUUAUGGAACGGAGGGAUCACAUGCCCACCCUGAAUUUUGGGUUUGUGUUUUGAGAUAUCUUGUUGCCCACCCAGGACUUGGAAAUUUCCAUUAUUCAUCCUCCUUUGAAGUAUGACCAGAGCAUGCGCAAAGCACUCUCAUGUGAUCCCUCCGUUAAAUAAAUAGUAAAACAGAAUUACAAUCAAAUUUCACUUACAGGUUGAUACAAUACGACAUAUCAAGGUAUCCAGGUUACCACAUUCCAUCCAUGGUUUAGAUAUAUAAAGACAUCUAUGAUAACAAAUUCGUGCAUGAAAGGAAAAUAGAGCCUAUAUUAUUUAGUACAUACAUAGUUAUGGUCAUGUAAGAUACAAAAUGCCCAACUAUCGUCUGCAUUAUUUUGACGUACGAGGUCGCGGUGAAAUUAUCCGACUUCUCUUCAACGCUGCUGGACAAAAGUUUGAGGAUGUUAGAUACACUAAGGAAACCUGGCCCUUAUUUAAACCGUCAACGCCUUUAGGCCAGUUACCAUGUCUUGAAGUAGACGGUACCCUUUAUCCACAGUCUGGCGCAAUUUACUCUUAUUUAGCAAGAGAAUUCGGGUUAUACGGGAAAAAUAACAUGGAGAUUUUUAAAGUUGAUAUAGUAAUGAAUAUUAUAAAUGACCUGAUGCCAUUUAUUGUCAGUGUUUUUGUCGAGGAAAAAGACGAAGAAAAAAAGAAAACCCUGUUGGAAAAAUUACUGAACGAUGAUGCACCAAAAUAUCUCGCCCAGCUAGAACACGUGGCUUUACAAAAUGGUGGUGCUUACUUCGUUGGAAAUUCAUUAACCCUUGCUGACCUGGCUGUAUUUGAUUUAACAGAUAACUUAUUACAGUUUAAGCCAGAUAUUCUCUCAACGUUUCCACUUAUUGUAAACAACCGAAAAGUUGUGGAAACAAGUCCAGCAUUAGCAAGUUAUCUUAAAACAAGAAAAUAA